AGGUGAAUACUCUUCUACUAACCCACUUUGUUAAAUGUCUAAGUUUCUCUGUACCUUUCCGAUACAGAUUUACUGAGUUUCUCACUGAAGAUCUUUGAAAAGCAACACAGAACAAGGAAUAUAACCUGGAAAGCGACAUCCGUGGAUCUCUCCUUUUAUAAAGAUAUUAAGAUGAGCACAGACGCUGUUGAACAGACGGAAUCUCAGCGUGAACAAGCUGAUAUUGAACAAAAUGGCAUUGACUUCACCAGACAAAUAAAGACGGAAAACCUGAACGAUUCACCUCAUUCUGGAUCAUCACACAAGACAUGCCACUUUACUCAGGGAUCACCAGUGCCCGGUGGGCAGCUUACUGGGGAUCUGCCCUCCCUGCACUCUCUACCCCAGCUUGUCCUUAUGCCCGGAUCUCACCUGUCCUCCCCCUCAUCAUUUCUGCUCUCUCAGACCCAAUCAGGACACCAAGCACUGCUGCAGCCCAAUCUGCUUUCCUUGCCGUCCCAGUCUCAGACGGGACUUCUGCCACACCAGCCUGGUCUAGCACUCACUCCUCAGGCAAUGGGCAGGACAGGGCUGGCUGGCUCCUCUAUGGAUGGACAUCUGGACAUGUCUCACCUACAGGUCUCUAAACACAUGGGUUCACAGCAGGACGAGCCCAAUGACCUGGAGGAACUGGAGCAGUUUGCUAAAGCCUUCAAACAGAGGCGGAUCAAACUCGGCUUUACCCAGGGUGACGUGGGUCUGGCUAUGGGAAAACUGUAUGGAAAUGACUUCAGUCAGACUACCAUCUCACGCUUUGAGGCACUCAAUCUGAGUUUUAAAAACAUGUGCAAGCUCAAGCCCUUGCUGGAGAAGUGGCUGAGUGACGCAGAAAACUCUCCAUCUGACUCAAUGACCAGCCCUGCCACGUUACCGCCCCUUAUGGAGGGUUAUGGGAGGAAGAGGAAAAAGAGAACAAGCAUCGAAACUAACAUCAAGCUCACACUAGAGAAACGCUUCUUAGAUAACCCAAAGCCAAACUCUGAAGAGAUCACACUCAUCUCAGAGCAGCUGGCCAUGGAGAAGGAAGUGGUGCGGGUGUGGUUCUGCAACCGGAGGCAGAAGGAGAAGAGGAUAUACUGCCCUGUCUCCACCUCACCUAUAAAGUCUCACAACUACAAUCCUCGUCUUCCUUCAACUUCGCGGUCAUUCAGUCCACUUGCUUCUGGAGGUGUGUCAUCAAGCUCCUCCCCCGGCAGCCCGGGUCGAGGCUCCUCCCCCAACACUCUGUCCACCACAUCCAGUCCACUGACGUCACAGGGGGUCAACCAGAGUUUCAACUCCACAGGAUCAUGGUAUCGCUGGAACACCGCAUCGUACCACCACUGAGCAACUCUGAAGACCUACGGCCUAAGGCAAUAGCCUCUGACUUCAUAACUCACCAAACCAGAGAGUUCUCUGUGAUAGAAGGGAAAAAAUAUAUUUUGAAAUGUUUACAACCUGCACUAAACGUGGAGGCAAAACACAGAGAACCACUGUUCUGUUUCUCAUUAUCUAAAGUUCAAAGGGCUUGUGAAUAAAGCUUCACUGUUUAUUACCAAAGGUAAAAAGCACUAUGCAAUGGCACAUUGUUUAGAUAUGCAAUCUAACAACGAAGAAAAUGGCUGCAUUACUGCAGAACCUUUAAUGGGUAUGAACCCAUACUUUGCAUUCUGCUUUUCAUGUGUGCCGAUUUUGUUGGCAAUGAAGGUUUAAAUCUGGCCAUUUUUAUUACAAUGAUGUGGAAACCAAAAGCACACCAAAAAUAAUAUUUUAAAGAUCAUUGAUAUUUGUAUACAUUGUUUACAUAUUGCUUUAUUAGAAACAUUUCUCAAUGUUAUUUUCAACUAAGUGUAAUGAGAUAAUUUCAUGAUGAAGGUGUAAAUGACCAUUUUAGACAUUAGUGUGCAGCAAUAUUCUUGUCAGUUUUUGGCCCUGGUUGAGGUCAAGACUGAAACAGCUGGCUCUAAUGUGCGCAGUCAUUUUGUAGCAACAUGUAGGGAACCUUAUUUGGUAAAUAUAAACAGGCCUAAACAGUUUACAGUUCUUAGUAUAUUUUUAAGCAUGCACCUAGUUUUGUGUUUGUAAACAUUUGAGAGGAUUUCAAGCAGGGACAAACUUUUUUUAUAUGCCUAGCAUUUCACACUAUUCUUAUGCAAUGCUGUCCAAAGCAUUUGAAGUUUCUUGAGUUUAUUAUUAUUUGAAUUGUAAUUUUUUUUUUUUUUUUUUUUUUUUGCUUUUAUGUAUGAAUAAUAUUACACCAAUAUUGUUUGUUUCUUUGUUCUUUACUCUUUUUUUAAAUGUGAAUAACACUGUUGUAUUUUUCAGUGCUAGAAAAUGUGUUUCACUGUUUGACUGUUAUUAAA